AUUAAAAAAAAAAGGUGGGGGAGAGUGGGGAGCAGUGAAAGCAGAGCAUCCAUUCUCCCCUAUUUAUUUAUUCCUCGCCCCCCCAAAACACUCGAUCGCCUCAACCACCGCCGGAAUCCAUGGCCUCCCUCCUCCAUCCCCUCCUCCUCCUCCUGCUCCUCCUCGCCCCGCCUCCCUCCUCUCCUCCCGCCUCACCUCCUUCUCAUGACCAAGCCGAGCCGCCGCCCGAGCCCGCUGUCCCCCUCGGCCCUCCCUCUCCGCUACUGGGCCCGCAGGGUCUCCGGCGGCCGCCAAGCGCCCGCAUUCUUCUCCUCGAAGCUCUCCCCCUCUCCCCCCUCGACUCACCGCCUUCUCUCCCUCGCCCCUCCAACCUCGGCCCCAGGCUCCAGCCUUCUGCUCCGCAGCCAGGCUGCUCUGCUCCAACUCCACCUCCACCUCAUUAAGCCCUUCGCUCGGGGCCAAGAAGGCCCACGACGGCCCGUCGGACUUCAAGUCCUACCUUCAGGACUUCUGUACUUCACCAACUACGCCUCGUCGCGCACCGGCUUCUCCUCCUCCUUCAAGAACUACUCCGACGGCAACAACCUCCCCGUCGACACUUUCCGCCGCUACAGCCGCGACGCCGUCGGCGACGAGGACUCCUUCGCCUCCUACUCCGUCGGCGGGAACGUCGUCACCACCAACUUCACCUCCUACCCAUCGGCCACCGGCGGUCCGGCGAAUUCGCCCGCCUACCAGACCGGGUCCAACGUCGAGGACCUCAGGUUCAACAACUACGACGCCGGCGCCAACGGGCCCGAGCGGACCUUCUCGGCGUACAGGGACACGAACUCCGGCGAGGAGUCCUGCGGGUACGGCAAGGGCGGCAACGGCGUGCCGACGACCUUCAAGUCCUACUCCGACAACUCCAACGUCAUGGGAUCCGAUUUCAAGAACUACGGCGAGGGCGGCAACGGCGCGGCCGACGAGUUCAGCUCCUACGGCGAGGGCGGGAACGUGCCGGAGCUGGGCUUCAAGAGCUACGGGCCGACGGCCAACGGCGGCGUCGACGAUUCACGUCGUACAGGAACGCAGUCGAACGUCGGCGACGACACCUUCGCCUCGUACGGGAAGAAGCGGCACGCCGGGGAGGCGGCCUUGCGCGAGGCUACGGCGAGUCGUUCAACGAGGGAGCGACAAAUUCAAGGGCUACGGCGAGGGGUCCACCGACGACCGCGUUCAACUUCACCAGCUACGCCGGCGAGCUCUCGGGCUUCAAGGCUACUACAACCUCAGAACGGGAACCAGUUCUCCUUCAAGUCCUACGUCAACGCGUCGACGGUGCCGAAGGAGGCCGGCUUGUCGGCGGCUGAGGGAGCGGAGGAGAUGCAGCAGCUGAGGAGGAAGAAGAUGGUCGGCGGCGGCCCCGUAAAUAGGUGGGUGGAGCCGGGCAAAUUCUUCAGGGAGAGCAACCUGAGGAAGGGGGCGGCCAUGCGAUGCCGGACAUUAAGGGACAAGAUGCCCGCGCGGUCGUUCCUGCCGCGGUCGAUCUCCAGCAAGAUCCCGUUCUCGCCGGCGACGUCAGGCGGAUAUUCCAGAUCGCGCGACGCCACCGCGAUGGGCACAAGGCCUGGCGACACCGUGGCCGAGUGCGGGCGGGCCCCGAGCCGGGGCGAGACGAAGCGGUGCGCCGCGUCGGCCGAGGACAUGAUCGACUUCGCCGUCGAGGUGCUGGCCAACGUGGUGGUCAGGGACACGGAGAGCACCAGGGGGUCCAAAGGGAGCAUCUUGAUCGGGGACGAGGGGGUGAACGGCGGUAAGGUCACCCGGUCGGUGUCGUGUCACCAGUCGCUGUUCCCCUACCUGCUUUACUACUGCCACUCCGUGCCCAGGGUCAAGGGUCAGCGAGGGCGGAACAUACACGACCCCGAGACUAAGCAGAGGAUCAACCGCGGCGUCGCCAUCUGUCACCUCGACACGUCGGACUGGAGCGCGGGCCACGGCGCCUUCGUGGCGCUGGGGUCCUCGCCAGGUAAGAUCGAGGUGUGCCACUGGAUCUUCGAGGGGGACAUGACGUGGGCGACGGCUGAUUAGAUUUCCUUGUUUUUUUUUUUUCUUCUUCUUCUUAUUUAGGGGGGAUGUAAUAAUUUGUGUUUAUUUUGGCGUUUUAAGGGUUCGACGAGUUAAGGGAAUAAUUAAUGCGUGUUAGGGAGUUACUGUGAUUGUUGUAGGGCAAUGGAAAAUGACCCUUUUUUUUUUUUGUCCUCAAAUUAAACCCAUUUGGUAAUUGUGUGGCAAUUUUAGUU